AUGCUGACGCCUUCGAGGUACGUUCUUGGUCAUGAGGCCAUGAAGCGUAUGGGCUCUUCAAAUGUUCUAGUUGUAGGUCUCAAAGGCCUCGGUGUCGAAAUCGCCAAGAACAUUGCCCUCGCCGGUGUGAAGUCUCUCACUCUCUACGAUCCCGCACCUGUCGCCAUCUCGGACCUGUCUUCCCAAUUCUUCCUUCAACCAGAGGAUGUCGGCAAACCUCGCGCCGAAGUCACCGCCCCUCGAGUUGCUGAAUUGAACUCAUACGUUCCAACUACAAUUCAUGAGGGACGGAAUCUCGUGGAAGAUCUGGAACAGCUCAAGCGCUAUCAAGCAGUGGUUCUCACACAGACCCCUCUGAAGGAGCAACUUCUUAUUGCCAAUUUCUGCCACAAGAACGGCAUCUAUCUCACCAUUACUGACACAUUCGGUCUGUUUGGUUAUAUCUUCAAUGACUUUGGAAAGAACUUCACUGUUGGUGACCCCACUGGUGAAGACCCUGCCGAGGGAAUUGUUGCCGAUAUCAAUGACGAGGGACUGGUAUCAGCGCUCGACGAGUCACGACACGGCCUCGAGGAUGGUGACUUUGUCUCAUUCACUGAAGUUGAAGGUAUGGAUGGUCUCAAUGACAGUGAUCCCCGGAAGAUCACCGUAAAAGGCCCCUACACUUUCACCAUCGGUGAUGUCUCCGGCCUGGGCACCUACAAGCGAGGUGGUAUCUUCAAACAGGUCAAGAUGCCUAAGUUCAUUGACUUCCAGCCUCUGGAGGAGCAACUUAAGAACCCCGAGCUUUUAAUUUCAGACUGGGCCAAGUUUGAUCGCCCUCAACAAAUGCACAUCGGUAUCCAGGCUCUUCACAAGUUUGCGGAGACUCACGAUGGUCAACUCCCUCGUCCCCACAAUGACAGUGACGCGGAGGAGGUGCUGAAGAUCUCUAACGAUCUCGCUGCGGCUGGUGAAGAUAAGGUUGAACUUGAUGAGAAGAUUAUCAAGGAGCUCAGCUACCAGGCCCGUGGUGACUUGAACCCGCUGGCCGCUUUCUUCGGUGGUAUCGCUGCCCAAGAGGUCCUCAAGGCUGUUUCCGGAAAGUUCGGCCCUGUUCAACAGUGGAUGUACUUUGACUCUUUGGAGUCAUUGCCUUCGUCUGUCACUCGAUCUGAGGAAAGUUGCCAGCCGCUUGGUACCCGCUAUGAUGGCCAGAUUGCCGUGUUUGGCAAGGAGUACCAAGAUAAGAUUGCUAAUGUCACUCAAUUUUUGGUCGGCGCCGGUGCUAUUGGUUGCGAGACACUUAAGAAUUGGGCCAUGAUUGGACUAGGCACAGGCCCGAAGGGAAAGAUCUUGGUCACUGAUAUGGAUCAGAUUGAGAAGAGCAACCUGAACCGCCAAUUCCUAUUCCGCACCAAGGAUGUUGGUAAGCUGAAGAGUGAAUGUGCCUCCGCGGCAGUUCAGGCCAUGAACCCCGAGCUGAACGGUAAAAUCGUCACUCUUCGGGACCGUGUUGGUGCGGAUACUGAGCAUGUGUUCAACGAGGAAUUCUGGAACGGUUUGGACGGUGUGACCAACGCACUAGACAACGUCGAAGCGCGUACAUAUGUCGAUCGGCGCUGUGUAUUCUUCCGCAAGCCUCUGCUCGAGAGUGGCACGCUUGGUACCAAGGGCAACAUCCAAGUUGUUCUUCCCUUCAUCACAGAGUCCUACUCUAGCUCCCAGGACCCUCCUGAGAAGUCCUUCCCCAUGUGCACUCUCAAGAGUUUCCCCAACCGCAUCGAGCACACCAUUGCCUGGGCUCGUGAUAUCUUCCAAACUUACUUCGUUGGCCCACCUGAAUCGGUCAACCUGUACCUCUCCCAGCCCGACUACAUUCAGCAGACCCUCAAGCAGGCGGGCAACGAGAAGCAAACAUUGGAGCAUCUGCGAGACUUCUUGGUCACGGAGAAGCCUCUGACUUUUGACGAUUGUAUUGUCUGGGCUCGCCAGCAAUUCGAAGCGCAGUACAAUAACGCGAUCCAACAACUCCUCUACAACUUCCCCCGGGAUUCCAAGACAUCUUCCGGUCAGCUCUUUUGGUCUGGACCUAAGCGUGCUCCCACCCCUCUCAAAUUUGACAGUACUAGCCCGACCCAUCUUGGAUUUGUCAUUGCUGGUGCCAAUCUCCACGCCUUCAACUACGGAAUCAAAAACCCCGGUGCAGACAAGGGCUACUACCGCAGAGUAGUCGACGACAUGAUCAUUCCUGAGUUCACCCCGAGCUCCAACGUCAAGAUUCAGGCCAAUGACAAUGAUCCCGACCCCAAUGCUCAGCCCGCUGGGGGCUCUUCCGACGAAGAUGAGAUCAAGCAGCUUGUCUCUUCUCUCCCAUCGCCCAAGUCUCUCGCUGGAUUCCGCUUGCAGCCUGUUGAGUUCGAAAAGGAUGACGACACCAACCACCAUAUCGACUUCAUCACAGCUGCCAGCAAUCUCCGUGCGGAGAACUAUGAUAUUCCUCAGUCUGAUCGCCAUAAGACCAAGUUCAUUGCUGGAAAGAUCAUUCCCGCCAUUGCGACAACCACCGCUUUGGUCACCGGUCUUGUUGCUCUCGAGCUUUACAAGGUGGUUGAUGGCCAGGACGACAUUGAGAAAUACAAGAACGGCUUUGUCAACCUUGCCCUACCCUUCUUCAGCUUCAGUGAGCCUAUUCAAAGUGCGAAGAGCAAGUACCAGGGCAAGGAAGGCGAAGUCACCAUUGACAAUCUCUGGGACCGGUUCGAGGUGGACGACAUUCCUCUCCAGGAAUUCCUCAACUACUUCGCCGAGAAGGGCUUGGACAUUACCAUGGUCAGCUCCGGGGUCAGUUUGUUGUAUGCAAGCUUCUACCCUCCGUCUAAGGUCAAGGAUCGCCUGCCUCUUCCCAUGAGUAAGCUGGUGGAGCACGUCAGCAAGAAGCCUGUCCCUGCCCACCAAAAGAACAUUAUCUUCGAGGUCACUGCUGAAGACCAGACAGAAGAGGAUGUCGAGGUCCCUUACGUGAUGGUCAAGCUCGACAAAUAA